AUAUGGUUGGGGAACUAGGCGUGGACUUUUUGCUGGUUUUUUCUUCAUCAGAUCCACCAAACCAAACCCAACACACAGAAUCAUCAAUCAUGUAGAAGCAGAUUGUAGACACAACCCAACACAAAAGUUUCAAACUUUUCAGUCUCUAAAUUAAGAAACACAAAAAGAAAGAAAUAUAUAAAGUUGGAAAUUUUUCCUUUUUUUCGUUCUUUGGAAACACAGACAAAGUUUGAAGCUUUCUUUCAAACCAACUUGGAUGGCCGGCGGCGGGGAGCAGCCACCGCGACCCACCAUCACUCUUCCUCCACGUUCCUCUGCUUCUAUGGACACCCUUUUCAAUGGUGGUUUCAGUCCUGGUCCCAUGACUCUUCUCUCUAGCUUUUUAUCUGAUGGUGAUGAUUGCAAGUCAUUCUCUCAGCUUCUCGCCGGAGCUAUGACUUCUCCGGCGGCCGGGGCUGCCGGCUUGCUUGAUUCACCUGCCUUCUUUUCACCUUCUCAGAUGUCUUUUGGAAUGUCACACCAGCAGGCCUUAGCGCAGGUCUCAGCACAGGCCAACUCAAAUAUGCAUAUCCAAGCUGAACAUUCACUGUCUGUAUCAGUAUCACAAGCUACCUCUUUGACACAGGUUCCUGCAACUACUUCCAAUACUACACAACAGCUUAUGCCACCCUCAAUGACAGAAUCCACUGAUUACCCUCACUCUGAACAAAGAUUACAGCCUUCUUCAUUGAAUGUUGAUAAGCCAGCUGAUGAUGGCUACAACUGGAGGAAGUAUGGGCAGAAACAUGUGAAAGGUAGUGAGUUCCCUCGAAGUUAUUAUAAGUGCACUCAUCCAAAUUGUCCUGUGAAGAAAAAGGUUGAGCGUUCACUUGAGGGUCAUGUAACUGCAAUUAUUUACAAAGGAGAGCACAAUCAUCAACGUCCUCAUCCUAACAAGCGCUCAAAAGACACUACUUUGAAUGAAAAUUCAAAUGUGCAAGGGAAUGUAGAUUCAACUUAUCAAGGGAUAACCACAAACACAAUGUCCAAGAUGGAUCCUGAAUCAAGUCAGGCAACAGCUGAACAUCUAUCAGGAACGAGUGACAGUGAGGAAGUAGGUGAUCAUGAAACUGAAGUGGAUGAGAAAAAUGUUGAGCCUGAUCCCAAGAGGAGAAAUACAGAAGUCACACACUCGGAUCCAGCUUCUUCACAUAGGACUGUCACUGAGCCUAGAAUCAUUGUGCAAACAACAAGUGAAGUUGAUCUCUUGGAUGAUGGGUAUAGAUGGCGAAAAUAUGGGCAGAAAGUUGUCAAAGGCAACCCAUAUCCUAGGAGCUAUUACAAAUGUACAACCCCGGGUUGUAAUGUUCGGAAACAUGUAGAGAGGGCUUCAACAGAUCCUAAAGCUGUCAUAACAACAUAUGAAGGAAAACAUAAUCAUGAUGUACCAGCAGCUAAGACUAAUAGCCACACUAUUGCCAACAAUAAUGCAUCACAGUUAAAAUCACAAAAUACCAAUCCUGAGAGGCAUAGUUUUGGCAGCAGAGGAAAUGGUGGCAACGAGCAACAGCCUGUUGCACGUCUCCGGCUGAAGCAAGAGCAGAUAACUUAGGUUCAUAAUGUAAGGCUGGAAGAAUUUGCCAUAAUCAGUAAUGAAGAAUAUUUCUUGGAUCACAAGUCAUCUUUGUUUUGAUGCUCAUUUCAUUCUUUUUUAAGUGUAAGGCCAAAAUUUUGAUCAAGGCCUAUAAGUGCAAUUCCAAAUAAAGAAAGUAGUUCAACGGUAUUGUCUUCCAGUCUUCCCUACAUUACCACUUCCUGAUGAAAGAGGUAAAAGAAAAAGGUUAAACAAGUGAAGUUUGCAGAUUGAACAGAGGUUUUGGAUGAUGCUGUACUAAUUGUGCCUUUUAUGUACAUUGAAAAUGUAAGUUAUGUUGCUUCAUGUGCCUGUUCAUUAUUUCAUCUUGUAAUUCCUUGCUCUAUGAUAUUUUGCUCAAUAACGUGGCAAAAAUUUUGGACCAUGUACUAAAUUUCACUAUAGGUUCCUCCUCCGUCCUAUAUUUUCAUCUCACGUGGACUUAUCUGAAAAUAACGGAGUUUUUUUAAUAUAUUUUAUGGAAUUUCAAUUUUGUUUGUUU